CACCCAAACAUCCAGCAAGUCCUUAUUACCCUGCACCCAAUUCCGCACCAGUGGCCCAAACGCCAGCUCCUCUCAAUCCCAGCAUGCCAUCACCAAAACUACCUGUGGGUCCAAAGUACCCAUUUUACUAUCCUUAUGGACAAUAUUCCCACCCUGGUGUUGAGGUGCAGCCUGCUAUCACUCAACCUUCCCCUCUUCCACCUACUACCACCAGGACGAUGGUUCUCAUACAACCUGACGGUCCCAGCCAUCACUUCAGCAAGUUUUUCAUCACACCUCCGCCGCCUGCAAAAGAGUCUGCUGAGACUAUUCCUCAGGAACCUCAUAAACCAGUGGCUCCUCAGUCCACCGUCCCCCCUUACACUGGCAACAUGUGUAGCCACUACCCUUAUCCCUAUUAUCCUUAUUACCAUCCUCUCUACACGUCAUACUAUCGUCCACCUUACCCCCAGUAUCCAGGGAUCCAACCACCAGUCGCCGCCCCCCACUACAACUCCGACCACUACAAGUUUUCCAGCAUCUCUCACAGCUGGAUCCACUCCACAGCGCCCCAAUCUGCAGUGUCUGAUAGGGGCGUUGGCCGUCUUCCUGCCUUUUGCUCACCCAGACUCCAUCCAGGUCAGAGACCAAAAGAAGACAUGGAUGUUCGUCUCCGACAUGUCUCGACUGUGUGGGUACAUGCUGCAGCUGGCUGAGGGCGCUGGGGUAAUCCUUCACUCUCCUCUGCCUGCCUGCCACAGCCAGACACGGACUCCCACAACCAUUUCCUUACCUCUGAUGUUUUGGGACCUUUCCAUGGCGCAGUAUAGGAUUCUGGACCUGCAAUGCCCGUAUAAAACUCCCCCUCCUGGAAUAGUUACUCCACAAGUGUUUCCUACCCCACCCACCACCACCAAGGUCAGCCCGCCUGUUGUCCCAAAGCCUAAAGUCUUCUGCUCCUCCCAUCAGAUGACUGUGGAGCUCCCCUCUGUACCCUUCUCUGGAAUUUUUGUUAAAGACAUCAAAGGGAACCAGAUGAACCUCCAGGAUGCCCCAAAGCCCUGUGGGUAUUCUGCAAGAAAAGGCAAAGAUGGCAAAAUCCUUUUUAGUCUCGCGUUGCACUCGCGCUGCCACAUGAGUGUGCAGGGUAAAAUGUACAUCAUCACUGUCGUCUACAUGACGGUAAAUGGGAGACGAGAGGCCGAGCUUUCCUGUCCAGUUGUCGUCCUAAAGUCUGAACAAGAGUGCAACCUUCCCAUCGAACACCGUCUCCCCUGCGGACCCUUCUCUGUAUCCCAGCCACAGUGUCUCUCCAUAGGCUGCUGCUUCGGCGAGCGCCCCCCUGCCUGCUUCUACCCCAUGGAUGAAUGCACUAUUGACCGCCACUUUGUCUUCUCCGUGCCCGCCUCCCUCACGGAUCCCCCUCUUGCCCUUGGCCUGCUUGUCGCUGCUGGAAACUCCACCUGCAAACCUCAGAGAAUAACUUCCGACUACGCCUUUUUCAAGAUCUCGAUGGAUGGCUGUGGGACACGCAGAGUGGUGGCGGGGAAAACCGUGAUCUACAUGUUGGAGAUCAUCAACAAGGUUCAGGCAAUCAGACUCAACUAUGGCACCAUCACGAGGGAUUCCCCUGUCAGGUUGUUGGUGGAGUGCAGGUUUCUGCCAGGCACUGUUCGGAGUGUGAGCUACUUGGUUAAAACUCCCACUCUAGGACCUGAAGUUCAGACUCGGGGGAUGUUUGGAGUCCAGCUCAGGAUUGCCAAAGACGCCCAGUACAGCGCCUACCAUCCUCAGUAUCACCAGCCCCUGCAGAUGCUGCUGGGGAAACCCCUCUACCUGGAAGUGCGGCUGCUCAACACCCAGGAUCCCAGUUUGGUGCUGUUGGUGCACUUCUGUGUGGCCUACCCCCGCUCUGGAAAGGCUGUGUGGCUGCUGCUUUACAACGGAUGUCCCAACCCUUUGGACCCAGCCCUGCAGCAUGCUGUGCUGUCUUUUCCUCAGCCCCCCUCUCCUCAGGCUCAGACCCGCCGCUUCACCAUCAGCACCUUCCAGUUCCUUCCUGAUGGGGAGCUUAAGGACACGGACGAAGAGAUCUACUUCAUGUGUUCAACUGAAAUCUGCUCGCCACAGGACCGGCCUUGUGUCGAGGGAUGCUUUGGCCAGUGACGUUACGACAUGGAAGACAAUUGAAAUUGGUUGAGAUGAUGCACUGGCCUCACGCAUCACUUGUUCAACCACCAAUAAAAGCUCUUAAAAGACUCGGCGUGAGUGUGUUUGUUCCCAAGCCUGCAGCCACU